AUGGAAGAUAAAGAAAGAAAUAUCGACUCAAUAUCGAAAGAACUAACGAACCACUUGGAUUUUUUUGAACCUAAUUCUGAUGCUUUAAAGAAUAUUCAGAAAAAUGUCGAAACGGUGACAAAUCAAGUGGAAGAAAUUAAAGUUUCUUUGGAACAUGUUCGUUCGGAUACGGAUACUCGUUCUGAAGUUGCCGCCAAAGAACUUUAUGAUUCCGCACAUCAUUUGGAUGCAUUAUAUGAUAAGAUCGAUUCCUUAGAGCGAUUUAUUGAUAUAGUCAAACAAACCGUUAAUGAUACCUCGGAACGUGUUAUAGAAGCAGAAGGAUUUCUUAUGAAUCCUAUAAAUCGUGUACUGGAUACAAUUAAACUAAGUACUGCCAAAUCAAUUGAACCUUCAGACUUAAAACUUCCGCCAAUGAAACCUUUAAACAUUUAUCAAACUUCGGAUUAUUUUCCUAAGGAUGAUUGA